CCACCCUGUCGUCCGCGUCCUCCACGCCCUCGUCGGCUCGUCCUCGCCGUCCUCCUCCACACCGCGCGCGCGGCGGUGUUGACCCACCCACCCGUUCCUCCCCCACCCCAUCAGCGCUGGAGGCGGCGGUGCGUAAGUCCCCCGGACCCUUCGGCGGCGGCGGCGGCGCGCGGUUAUGCCGAGAGGCUCCCAGGUUUCAUCACCGUGCUCUGCUGGAGUUAUAGCAUUUUCAGCAAGGAUAUGGAGUACACCCCCUGCACAGCAAGUUCCUUUGUAUCCCACAUCUCGCUGCUCGAGGAAGUUCUUGGCUGGAGGUUUUGUCUUUACGGAGACUUCCUGGUCAUCUCUUUUGUCAACUGCACUUGAGGAUCAACCCACACUUAGUGACUGCCUUGCCUGGUCCCAUGCUGUCAGACAUUAGAGUUGCCCAGUGAUUACACUAUUACAGUGCAGCUGUAGCACAUUUAUUUGAGCAUGGUGGAUCUGUUUCUCUGGCAACAUUCCAGUAAUCUUUGUCUUGGUGCUAAUCAGCCAGCAGAAGUUACCAUCAAGACAUCUUUGGACACUUGGAUCUAACGCUUAGAGCUUUGCCUUCGCAUAUAGGCUCUAGGUUUGGGUUUUCGUUUUCUGCUAGCUUUCUUCUACUCUACCACUGUAAGUUUUCAGUCUGAUCGGUCCAAAGUUUGGUGUGUAUUGGUUACGCUGUCCUUCACCAGCCUUCACUUUGCAUGGCGUGACCUUAGAGAAGACGUGUUCAAGAUUUUGUUGUCGCAAAAGCAUGGGAAUAGCAUACAUAGCUUUGAGAGGAGUCUCCAGUGACUUUGGUGUUGUAACAUCCAAAGACACUCCUGUUAUACAUAUAUGAGUCCUGUUUUUUACUAUACAACUGUUCUGAAAUAAGGGCAGUUCUGUGCACCACCAGCGAAUAAAAUGGAGAGAUAUACAAUUAUCAACGAAGUUGGUGAUGGAACAUUUGGGAGUGUUUGGCGUGCAACCAAUAAGGAAAGCGGUGAAGUGGUUGCGAUCAAGAAGAUGAAGAAAAAGUAUUAUUCUUGGGAAGAGUGCAUAAACCUCCGUGAAGUGAAGUCCCUGCGAAGGAUGAACCAUCCAAACAUUGUAAAGCUCAAAGAAGUCAUAAGAGAGAGUGAUACGCUGUUCUUUGUUUUUGAGUACAUGGAAUGCAGUCUUUAUCAGCUGAUGAAGAGCAGAGGGAAGCCCUUUUCAGAGACUGAAAUCCGAAACUGGUGCUUUCAAAUAUUUCAAGCUCUGAGUCACAUGCACCAGCGUGGAUAUUUUCACCGUGACCUUAAGCCUGAAAAUUUGCUUGUUACAAAGGAACUCAUCAAGAUAGCGGAUUUUGGGCUUGCUCGUGAAAUUUCUUCUGAGCCACCUUAUACGGAAUAUGUGUCCACUCGUUGGUAUCGUGCCCCUGAAGUUCUUCUUCAAGCUACUGUUUAUAAUGCUGCAGUUGACAUGUGGGCAAUGGGUGCCAUUAUCGCGGAGCUAUUUUCACUGCGACCUCUUUUUCCUGGAUCAAGUGAGCCAGAUGAACUUUACAAAAUCUGUAGCAUUAUUGGCACUCCAAAUCAGCGUACUUGGCCUGAAGGACUGCAGCUAGCAGCAUCUAUGGGUUUUCAGUUCCCUCAGUGUGAAAGUGUACAUCUUUCGGAAGUGGUUCCUUUAGCAAGCAAAGAUGCAAUCAAUCUUAUCUCGUGGCUUUGCUCAUGGGACCCACGAAGAAGGCCAACAGCAGUGGAGGUUUUGCAGCAUCCCUUCUUUCAGCCAUGCUUCUAUGUCCCACCUUCACUUCGCUUCAAAUCUACUGGAUAUGCAUCAACGCCACCAUCAGCUGGGGCUAAAGGAGCUGUUGAUCAGAAGAACAUUAGGAGAUACUACAUGGGUACUGUACCCAAUGCGAGGCCAACAGUUAAUUACUCGUACUUGAGAAACAAUGCUCCUGCAAGAGCAGUUGGUGCACAAAGGAAAUUGGAGUUGGAUUAUCAGCUCCCAGAGACUAAUAACCAUAAUAAGGUGACAAAGGCAGAAGCGAUGAACCAGUCUUGGUCCAGACCAGCAGCAGUAAGGAGCAAUGCAGGAAAUCAUCUUGCCAACGACCUGAACCCCCGUGUACCUGACCUUGCCGAGAAGCUGUCUCAGUUGUCAAUGGGCCCCAACAGGGUGUCGGGUUUGGGUUCCGAGAGGUUUGUUAGAACCCAUGAGAACGCUGCCAAGCGCCCCUUGCCCGUGGGAUCCAGGGCGUGGCAUGGUCCAGCUGACCCCUUCCGGCGCCCAUACGAGAUGCCAGGUGAUAGAACUCUCCUUCCAAGGAAUCUCGUUCGCUGAGGCUGUGAAGCUCUUCGCAAGAAACAUAUCCAACGCUCGCUGUCUUCGGAGCUACUCUUCCCCGGCUAUUUACCUCGCAACAAUAAAUAAACAACCAAACUUCGUUUCCAGCAGUGGGUGUUGCUCAGCAUUGUCUGUUACCGUGCUUGUGCGUGACGAGGAUAAGAGGCGUCCGGGUUUGUGCACCCCCCCCCCCCC